CUGCUUUUGACCUACAUCGUAUUUUUCAAAAUAUUUACUUUUCUGUACAAUUUUACAAAAAAACAUCAACUUAUGGGAUAUAAAACAUCACUAUAAUGAUAGUAGCAUCCUAGAUAUAUCAUUUAACAAUCAUGGGAUAUGUUAACGUGAAGAAAAAUACAACAGAGGUUUUACAUCUCUGCCGGGAACCUAGUAUCAGAUCAUGGAGCACAGUCAUAGCGCUGUUAUCACUGGGUGUUGGUGCCGCCUACUAUGGAUCUGAUUACCUUAUAUGGAAAAUGUGCUACAUUAUAGCGGCAGUGUUUAUAGGCGUCACCACGUUAGAAGAUUGGGAGGAUUGUAUAUUUGACAAGAAGGCAAAUACAGUCACCAUGCAAAAAUGGAAUCUCCUACAGAAAUGUCUCAAUCCUGGUUUAGAACAGAAAAAAGUUGUGUGCCAUAGCAGUGACAUCAUCGAUGUGCGUGUAUCAAGUGGAGAAAUCAAGCAUGGCCCAGCUGCUGGUCGACAAGUCAUGCUCUAUUUCAUCUCUGGAUAUCAACUCCCUAUUAUAGAGUCUAUAACUACAGAUGAUUUAAGUGAAUGUAAUAAAACAGCAGGACUCAUCAAAACAUUCCUCGAUAUUCAACCAGUUGACGAUACAACAAAUGGCAUCGACCCCAACAGCCAAUCAGAUUCCAGCGAUUCUAACGAGAGUUUUGAACAUAUACAAAAAAGCGACAUUGUUAAUGAGGAAAAUGAGACGGCAACACCAACUGGAGAUAGUGAUAAAUGAUUGGUGGGAU